AUGAAUACACAUUUAUUAUGGUUAUAUAAAAUUAGUAAAAUAACAAAACCUUGUGUAUUAUCUGCUGGUGAUGCCAUAAUCUUAUCUGUUUUCUAUCCAUAUUUAUUAAAGGUUUGUCAUUCAAUAUUACCUUAUAUGUUAAUAAUCAGUUCAAUUGUAUUACUUAGUUUUAUAGCUAUACAUAAAUCACGUAUACAUCAUGUAAAUCCUUGUUCGAAUCCUGACAACAUUCAUAGAAACUGGAAAAUAGAACAAACAAUUAUUCCAUUAAAAUCAUCAAUUCAUCAUUCCAAUGAUCAACAGACUUUAUUUACUGAACCAACACAAUUAACAAUUUGUUUAAGUCUUAUGUAUAUUCUAUUUGAUUUAGCUGAUCUUAUUGAAUGGUUCUAUGGUAAUAUUAUAAUACCGAAUUAUAUUCAUUCAUUUAAACAACAUUUCAAUACAAAUUUCAAUGAACAUUAUAAUAUUAAAACAAAUCAUUCAGGCUUAUUACCACUACUAACAAAUACAUUAAAUAGUAGUAUGUUAUUAACCAAAUCUAUGAAUCAACUAUGUUCCAUUCAAUUUAUAUCUGGCUUAUUAGGGAAUAUGGUCUAG